AUUAUUGAAGAUUUUAUGAAUUAUACUCAGCUUGAAAGAAGUGGCAAUAUCAUGGAAGAAGGGACAAAGUCCAUCAUCUGGGGGUUCGCAGUCGCCAUCUUUGCCGUGGGUGGGAUGACAGGGGGCGUUCUAGCAGGGUGGUGGUCACAUGUAUUUGGGAGGAAGAUCGGCAUGCUGCUGUGUAAUGUGUUCACAAUUAUCGGAGCAGCUCUGAUGGGCACAAGUCAAGUGGCCAAGUCUUAUGAAAUGAUAAUCGUAGGACGCCUGGUUGUGGGAUUAAGUUGUGGUUUGUUCACUGGGCUGGUCCCAAUGUAUAUCAACGAAGUAGCUCCCACCAACCUGCGAGGUGCCCUGGGCACACUUCACCAGCUGGGGGUCACUGUAGGCAUCCUGGUCUCACAGAUACUGGGGAUCCCAGAAAUUCUUGGCAAUGUUACAGGAUGGCCUAUAUUACUAGGACUGACUGGUGCGCCUGCAGUCUUACAGUUACUGACGCUGCCUCUCUGUCCAGCUAGCCCGCGCCAUCUUUUAAUUGAUAAGAGUAAAGAGAAAGAGGCCAGAGACGCACUUGUUGCCCUGAGAGGCUCUCAGGAAGUGGAGGAAGAGAUGGAGGAGAUGAGACAGGAAAAGAAAGCGGGAGAAAAAGAAGCUAAGAUGAACUUGAUUCAGUUAUUCAGGACUGCCACAUUACGUCAGCCUCUGCUGGUCAGUGUGGUGAUGCAUCUCUCGCAACAGUUGUCUGGCAUCCUUGUCGUGUUCUACUAUUCAACAAGCCUGUUUACAGAAGCAGGUAUUGAUGAUCAGAAACUUGCCUCUUACCUGACGGUGGGGGUGGGUGGAAUAAUGGUCAUCAUGACCUUUGUGACCAUCCCCUUGAUGGACCGAGCUGGACGCCGGACACUCCACUUGAUUGGUCUGCUAGGGAUGUUAGUGCUGGGAAUAUUAUUGACUAUCAGCAUGGCUUUACAGAAUUUAGUGCAAUGGUUCAGCUAUAUUAGUGUGGCCAGUGCGCUGCUUUUUGUUGUGUUCUUUGCCCUAGGACCAGGCUCUAUUCCAUGGAUGAUUGUGGCAGAGCUAUUCUCCCAGGGGCCUCGUGCAGCUGCGGUCAGUUUCGGUGUGUUGACCAACUGGACGGCUAAUUUUGCUGUGGGACUGGCUUUCCCUCCAAUGCAGAAAGCGCUGGGGGUCUACAGCUUCCUUCCCUUCAGUGGGCUACUGCUGCUUUGUACCAUUUUCCUGUGGAAAUUCCUGCCAGAAACUAAAAACAAGACAUUUGAUGAAAUAGCGUCAUUGUUCACUGGUAAAUAUGCUGCUGCGGUCGAAGUUGGUGAAUCAGCCACCAGAGGGAUCACAAGCAAGACAGACCAGAAUGGUACCUAUGGAUCAAGCACUGAGAGUAAUUCUGCCAAUGAGAGCACUAAUUUAUUAGUAAAAGACAAUCAUAUGGUGACACAGAUGUGAACGGCAUUCUCUUGCCAAUCACGAAGAGUGAUUUUAUUUGGAGGAAUUACUGGCCAAGUAACUUUUUUUUUUUUUUUUACUCUAAGCAGUGAAAUAUUGCAUUUUGAGAACCUUUCCAAUAUUUGCAGAUAACAAAUUUAUGAAUCUAAUUUCUAAAGUUUGUUGAAUGAUUUUAUUUUCCCUUUAUGGAUGAAUGUGAAAAAAGGGAACUACAUUGGAACAUUUCAUGAUGUACUGGUAUAGGAGUGCCCCGAGCAGCCGACGGUUAACCACACAUUCAGUAGGAGAUGAAUUAAAGGUGAAAAGAGAGAUUUUUUUGAAAUGCCAGAAAAAUGGUCAGCUGCUUGGUACAAAAAUAUAGGGUCAGCAAUUGUGCACACAUUGUCACUUGUGGCAUUUAAUCCCUGAAAACACCUUGGGUUUCAAAGUUAACUGGCAAAUUGCCUGCAUCAUCAGUGAACCUCUUUGGUUUCUAGUAGCAAGCACUGUAGGUAAUAUGCCAGGUAGAGGUUGUUACUGUCAGUAUCCUAAAGCUGUUGAUGUUAAAGAAGAUACUAUGUUCAUGUUGGAUUAACUAGGCAUAAUGAGAGGCCAAGAGCUGCAAUCAAAUAAUGUUUUGCAUUUUGACAUAUUAAGGUAAUUUUCAUGCCCCAAAAAUUUAACCAUGAAUUUUUCAUUAUGGUAAUAAGAUAUUAACAUUAAUAUAUUUAUGUUUAUUGGAAUAUUGUUGAUAUUUUGGUAGAUUGCAAUAUAUUGUAUUAAAGAUAUUAUUUAGGGUGUGCUGAUUCAGUUUAUUAACUAAUCAGUGAUUUGUCUCUGAAGAUUUGUAUGAUGUUCUUAAAAAUAAAGAGAUACAAUUAUAUUCUAUACACGUGGUAUACAACCGCUGAAAAGAAAUAAUCAAAAUGCAUCGGCAUCCAGUUAACAAUAGAUGUUAAAUCAUGGAGAAAUUGUGUUCUCAUCCUUAGAAAUUUUAGGACCACUGAGAAAUUCAAUCCCUAAAUUUAAAAAGGAGAUACCAGCCAUUACAGCUCGGGGGCAGAACCCGUUGAAUACUCUCAGGUUGUUAAGUUGAUAUCCCUUACCUGUGUAGCAAUUACAGGUCUUGUAGCAAUUUACAGGAGAAACAACCUUAUGAAACGAACCCUUAAUUGCCAAAAUACAAUUCUGUCUGAAUAUAUUUAUUUGCAAUUGACUUUUUACUCUGCUGUAGAUAAAAAGUUGAUUAAUUCAUGUGUUCAGUGUUUAAUUUUGAAUGAGAUUAGAGAAACUCUAUGUAAGAUGUAAGGUAAAUGUGCACAUGAUGAUAGUAAUGCAUGAAAAAAAAUCAUGAUUUUUUUGAGAAAGCAAGGUAUUAAGAGGACAGUCCGAUUUAGUUUGUGGAGAGAUAAACUGGACAUCCUGGAAUGAUUUCUCCAAAGGCUGUGAGAGAUGAACCAGCUGUUGACUGAAGAAAAAUUACUUUAUUUAGGUAGUUUUACAAAGGAACUAAAGGCCAAUUAGUUGACUUAAGACAGAAAAAUUGGACUGGGUUUCCAUAUAUAGGUCAAUCUAACAGGAUCGAUCUAUCUCCGAGGGGUUUCUCGCUAAAUUGUUUUCAUCUUAAGCAGCUUAGAUGUCUGGCACUCCUGCUGAAGCUGCUAAACGAUAAUUAAUUACCCCCUAGCAGCUCUAGUAGCCCACCUAAAAUAUUGUAACUGUACACUGUGCCGGACAAAAUAUUGACAAUUUAUUUCUUUCUCACAUGAAACGUGCAUUUAUCACCUAAUUGGACUACUACUCCUUUAACUUGAUAAACUUGAAUGUUUUUGGUCUUAGUAACUUUGGGUCCAAAGUUGUUUAGUGAAACAUGCCUAAGCUUCUCUAUAAAGUUGUCUAUGGCUGGAGUUAGGAGCUCACUCUCAGUGAAACUGUUGUUCUAUGAAGACCUGUCUGACAGCUUGGGGACUCCUCGCUAAAUGCAAUCAGAUUGACAGCCUCCCCUGGCAUUGUGUAGAAUACAGAAAAAGUGAGUGAUUAUACGAGUACAUUGGAAUAAUCUGAUUGCAUUCUGCAAGAGUUCCUGUGGAGUUGGAAUGAUCUACGUAGAAUGAUCCUUUCAUUGGGAAUGACCCUUUAAACGAUAGUUUUAGUUAAAGGGGCACUGAAGUUAGUGUGACACUGUGGUGUUUUAGUUAAACGGGGACUGAAUCUCCCAUUAGCAUUCCAAAAUUAUUAUCAGCAAAUGAUUGGCAUAAGUUUUAAUUUAGUUUGUUGUGUAGUUUGGCUUAAAAAGAAAUAUAUGGUUAUGGCUCGAUCUUUUCAAUGGGGAAA